GCCGAGGCCAGGCGCUGUCGACGCUCUAGCCCGCAGAGCGCUCGCUGUCCCGCGGUCGGCGCAUGGUGGGCGCUCUAGCUGGCCGCGUCGGCCGCGUCGCCUCCGCCGCAGGUCAGACAUGGAGCUCACCAGCACCGGCUCCAGCUUUCAGUCGGACCUGGACUUCUGUCCGGAGUGCGGCUCCGUCCUGCCUCUGCCCGGCGCUCAGGACACGCUCGCCUGCACGCGCUGCGGCUUCCCCGUCAACGUGAGGGACUUGGAAGGGAAGGUUGUGAAGACCUCAGUUGUGUUCCACAAACUGGGGACAGCCAUGCCUGCGUGGGGGGAGGAAGGACCUGAGUUCCAGGGACCCGUGGUCGACAGGCGCUGCUCUCGAUGUGGCCACGAGGGAAUGGCCUACCACACCCGACAGAUGCGCUCGGCCGACGAGGGGCAGACUGUCUUCUACACCUGCACCAACUGCAAGUUUCAGGAAAAGGAAGACUCUUGAUCUUCUUUUCUGGAUGACUCCCUAUCUCCAGCUCUUCCCUGGAUGGGGAAGGGUAGUUGUUUUUAGCUGCCUUGUCACCUAUGCUGUCCAGUUGCAGUGGUUUUGCUGCCAGAAAAGAAUCAGACCAUGAUGUGGUGACUGCCCUUGUCCCAGGGCCCUCCUACCCCAAUGGUUUAUUAAAGUUAUGUUUUUCUAUAAAAUCCUA